CUGUUUUUGCUUGCCGUCAAGCAGUUCUGUUCACAAAACAGUUUGCUGAGUGUAAAGUGUAAGCUGUGGAAGAUGUUAUUUUCUGGAGUUUCGUGCGCUUCGUCAAUAAAUAUCGUCAAUAAAUGAAUACUAAAUAGCAAAAAAAUCACUUAUUUAUGUUAUCUUUACAGCAAAAUGAUGUGCAAAUAUAGCUACGUGGUCUUUGUCGGUCGAAAGUGUUAGCCAGGAAGCUAACGUUAGAGCAGGUUGGCCAGAUAGCUAGCCUGCUAGGUUGGAUAUACCGUGUUGUUUUUCAGGUAGAGUUAGCAUUUUGGGGAAGAUUAGAUAGCUAGCUACGGUAUUUAGCUAGAGCAUAGAAAAUACACCGAGUAGGUAGCGUAUGGCUGCAAAAAUCAUAUUCGAGUACGUUCAAAGAUUGAGGAAAGGUGGUGCCAGGCAUUGUUUGAAACACAACGGAAUAUACCAUCAUCAAAACGCCUCGCUAAUAACAAAAUUUCUAUUCAUGACUGCCCUAUCUGACUCUGAGCCGGUAAGAAAGAGACUGAGGUUGGACGUUGACAUCCACUCACCUGCCACUACAAAGAAACCAGAGCGGCCGAUUUCAAUCAAAGGGGUACAGAGGGAGGCUAAACUGGACAAUUACUUUAAAGAUAUCAAACAGAAGACCUCUCAUGCUUGCUCUGUGAGAAUGGAGGAUAUUGCGAUGGACACAGAAAAAACAAAAAAUGAAGACCAGGUGGGAAAAGAGAAAGAGAAGUUGGAUCACUUCCAAAAGGUUGCCUUUUUGGAAAAUGUCAGCAAGGAGCCUAUGAAUUUUGUUAGUCUGCAGGCUGUCUCACCAAAAGGAGAGUGUGAUGUCACCACAAAAUCCGGUGUUCAGAAAAGCUGUCUCAGUGAACAGAAGGCCAAGAAGACCAGCACUCUUGAAGACUGGGUGGUGAAGCCCAAAGAGAUGGCUGAAGUUGACCAUGAAGUAAUCCCCAGUGAAGAAACUGGUACUCUGGAUGUGGAGAUGCCAGGUCCUGAAAGUGCCCCUUGCACCCCUCCACAGUCCACCACAACAGUGGACCAGGCCCCGACCUGCGGUGCCCCAGAGGAGCUCUCCCCAGCAACGGACAAAUCGGCAGAAGCCAAGCAUUCAGGCGACACGCCUGCCGAGGACCAGAAAUCCCCAAGCCAAGAGGCCCGAGAUGACAUCACGGCUGAGGUCACGGACGCUGGCGAUUCCGACAAGCGCCAGACAGCGGGCCCAUCCUCAUCGGCUUCAAAGGGCUCUGUCAAACGUGACUCAAAAAUCACAGAAUUCUUUCCGAGAUCUCGGUCACACACCCCAUCAGCAAGUCUACCGGGCAGAGAGGAGGGGCACGGCAGCGGCAGGGGAGCCCCAGCAGCUGGACCCAAGUGGCUGGGCACCCCGAUAGACGAGCUGAAGAGAAUGCCGCAGUGCGGCCAUCCCCUUCCGCACCUGAAGCCGGCGCAAAACCACGCCGUCAUGAUUAGGACAGACCUGCUGCGAGAUGAAGGGGUUACUGUGCCAUAUCCCACCAAGUUCAAAGACGCCUGGGAUGACGUCUCCGUGAAGAUGCCCUGUUCCGAAAAGAACCUCUUCCCUGCGGAAGAGGUAACGGAUGGAAGUGUGUUGCAGAGCAGAUGGGAGCUGAUCCAGAAAGCUUUGCAAAGUGAAUUCAAGAGCUCAGGCAAUGUGCAGGAUGCCAUAUUGCGUUACAAUGCGGCCCAUGCAAAGAAAUGGGAUUUCACGGCUUUGCACUCUCUCUGCACCAAGGUUUUGGAUCCUCCCCAUGCCAAGCAUCUGUUUGAGACCCUUCUGCCAGCCAUGGCGCAAUUAGCGCUGAGCGCGACCAAGCUGUGUACCCAGCCGAUACCCCUCCUUAAGCAGAAGAUGAAUCACUCCAUCACGAUGUCGCAGGAGCAGGUCGCCUGCCUGCUGGCCAAUGCCUUCUUCUGCACCUUCCCCCGCCGCAACUCCAGGAAGCCCGAGUACGCAAACUACCCGGAUAUCAACUUCUGCAGGUUGUUUGAAGGACCUUCUGCAAAGAAGGCCGAAAAGCUGAAAACACUAUUGUGCUAUUUUAGAAGAGUCACAGAGAAAAGACCCACUGGCCUUGUCACAUUCACCAGACAAAGUCUGACCAGUUUUCCAAAAUGGGAAAGUACUAAGACUCAGUUCACAAAGCUGCACAUCACCUGUGAAGGCAACAUCGAGGACCAGGGCGUCGGCAUGCUACAGGUGGACUUCGCCAACCGGAUGGUGGGGGGCGGAGUCACGGGGGCGGGCCUGGUCCAGGAAGAGAUCCGCUUCAUAAUCAACCCCGAGCUCAUCGCCUCCCGGCUCUUCACCGAAGCGCUGGAACACAACGAGUGCCUGAUCAUCACCGGCUCGGAGCAGUACAGUAAGUACACCGGCUACGCAGAGAGCUACAGAUGGGCCGGGGAUCACAGGGACGAGACGCCCCGGGAUGACUGGCGGAGACGGUGCACUGAGAUUGUGGCUAUAGAUGCCCUGAGGUUCAGGCACUACCUUGAGCAGUUUCAGCCUGACAAAAUAAAUAGAGAACUCAACAAGGCCUACUGCGGCUUUGCGCGUCCCGGGGCGAAGAGCCAGAACCUGUCUGCGGUUGCCACGGGGAACUGGGGCUGCGGCGUCUUCAGGGGCGACACCAGGUUAAAAGCCCUGCUGCAGAUGAUGGCCGCCGCCGAGGCAGGCCGGGACGUGGCCUACUUCACCUUCGGGGACGAUCGGCUGAUGAGGGACGUCCACGAGAUGCAUCUGUUCCUCAGCCAGCAGCGCGUCAGCGUCGGGGCGGUGUACGGUCUCCUGGAGCAGUACUACAGCUUAGAGUGUAAGAACUGCCAGGCCCCACGCCCCGAAAACGGCCUGUACAAUUUCAUCUACGAGAGGGUCCGGAAAUCCUCCCCUGACCCUGACGGCAGGGGCGGCGCCGGCAGGCCCUCCACCCGCAUGGACCUCCAUUAACGACUCGACCCUCCCCAAAAAAAGACCACUCCCCUUCAUUUGCUUUAGAUUUAUUUUUGUACGGUUCUCGAAACCUUCCGGGAAACACAAAAAAUACAAAAAAGACGCCAUAUGCCUUCUCUGCCCCCCUCCUCCCAUUUACCAGACGAAAUAUUAUUCAAUGAGUCACAAAACGAGUGGCGAAGGGACGGAGAUAAAUAACGGCUAAUAGGUUGUCUCGGCCGGCUCCGCGCUCCAUUCAUCUCUCCUCCCUUCUCUCAGGAGCUUCUUUCCUAAUGGAUCGGCGGCUCUGCCCAAAUGUUGCAGCGCGAGCCGUUCCCCCGGUCCCGUAAAAAUAAAGUUGUCAUUUUAAUGGAGAUCCAUGGGUCGCCCCGUCCUCCGUCUACCUAUCAUUCGCUUCUUUGUUGUUGUUGUUUUUUUUUUGUUGUUGCUGUUGACAUUUUCACCGGCUGCCGGCUUCGUUAAAUUAGCCGGGUUGGUCAGCUGUUACGAAGAAGAUAAUGAAUAUAUAAACAUCUUCUAUGCAUGGAACAAUCUCAGACUACACUUAGCUUUUUUCCUUUCUCCCCCCCCUCCUCUUCAGAUAAUGUUCCCGUGCUUGAGGGAAAGGUGUUGGGUUAGCCGCUGUGCUGUAGUGGGGUUGGGGGGUGGGGGGGGGGGAGCUCGGUGAGGAUGAAGACUGACCGGCCAGGCAUGCCUACGCUUGUAAAGUCACGAGUGCCGAUGUUCAAGCCCAGGUCUUCCUUUAAAAGAGUCGCCACGCUCCAGUCACGCCUCCCCAGUAACCGUGUAAGCAACGGCAAAUAAAGACCUGUGUGUUCAGAUCACUGCUUUUUUGCUCAGCUCAUGAAGUUAACAAGCACCUUAUUGGGGGAUAUGCGUCUGCCUUGUGAUGGGGUGGGCCUCUUAUGACUGCGUUUUCGAACGUUUUGGUUUGAUUGGCAAUAAUGGCUAUGACAAGUAUGGGAUUCAUAAAAGACGUGUAAUUGCAGUUAUUUUAUACUGUGCACUGUAUCAUAUAAUUUAAUAAUAAAAAAAUCCCAUUAUUGAA